UGAUUGUCAUUCAUUAAUUCAAGUGGAACUCAUCACGUCAGUCUGAUAUUAAUUUACCUAUUUCUUCAAAUAAAAAGUUCAAAUUAUUAUAAUUGUUUUAACAACUAACAUUUUUUAAUUUUCUAUUCUGAAUUAUUUAAUUCUUAUAAUCACCUCGAAUAAUUAUUUUUUUUAUAUCUUAUUCAAUUUCCUUAUAAUUUAUUAAAUUAUGGCUCACAUACAGUUUGUGGAUGAAUUAGUGCGAGAAUAUCUUUUAUUUAGAGGAUUUGCAGCAACAGUCAAAGCUUUUGAUAGCGAUUUAAAAGCAGAUAAAGAUAAAGGUUUUAGAGUAGACAAAAUAAUUGAUCAAAUUGCACACUACAUCAAUGUGUCUGAUUUAAAUGGUCUUAAAGAGUACUGGUUGCAUUUAGAUACCUUAGUUUUCUCAAAAUUAGAAAGUCAUGUUCAACCUGCCGUCCGAAAAUUAGAGUAUAGUCUAUACAAGUUGUACCUGAUAACAGCAGCGCAAAGCACAGGCGGAGUGCGAAAUGAAAAGGUUGCAGAGUUCCUCUCUAAAAUGCUUCCAGAACUACAGGGUCAAAGCGAGUGGAGAGACUGGUUCAUGUUGCCUUACAUUCAGAAGCCAGAAGACAAUCCAUCCUUCAGUCUGUAUUUUACCAGAGCUUGGCAAGACAGUGUGUGGGUUUCACUUCAUAAUCUACUGGCUACUGUGUUCCAGUGCAUGCCCCAACCCACUCUCACCAGUUAUGAGAGUGAUGCAGCACUAGUGAAGCGAUUACAAGAUGAAAUAACAAUGUUGAGGGGAAAGGUGCAACAACAGCAGUCAACAGACAAGACUUCUCCAAUCGGACACCAAUCUCGGCUCGCCCAAUACUCAGAGCGUCUUAGCGGGCCAUUACCUCUCGUGGAUGACUUCUGCGCGGUACCAUCCGAACAACUUGAGACUGGUAUACGAGAAGCUAAAGGUCUACGAGGACUUCUCCGCCAGAUGGGAGGCAGUCCUGUCAUGGGCAGAAGAUCAGGACGUUCGCAAAGCCAAAAUUAAAUACUAUCCAAUUAAUUCAAGAAUAGGUACUUAAGUGUAAAUAUGUAACAUUCCAUAGGUUAAAGAAUUGCUAUAUUGAAAUUUGUAUGAUAUUUAUUUUAAUUUAAUUUAUUCACUUAAAUGUUUCAUUUUAUUU